AUGGGUCAAUCAGUUUGCAGUAAUAGAAGAUUAAGAAAUGUCAGAGUCAAGAGACAAAAGACUAAAGUAUUUGAAGCUAAUAGAUUGAAAGAUAUUACCGAUAAACUCGCAAAAGAACUUUCAGAUCAAUCUGGUGCUGAAGCAUUAAACAUUCCACCAGAAAUCCAAGCUUUAUCAAUGCAAAUCGACAAAAAUAAACCAACUCCAGUUGAUGACUCUGACGACGACGAUGUAUCAAUGGACAAACCAAAGAAGAACAAAGUUGCAAUUAAAAAGAAGUCGAUAAAGAAGAAGAAAUUGAACAGUAGACAAAAAUCAAGAAUUCAAGUAAAGGUCUUUGCUCAUGAUAAUAAAUUUAUUAUAUCAUCAUUAGAGAGAAAAGAGAAAGAGAAAAGAGAAAGAGAAAAGAGAGCAAAGGAGGAGAUCAACUAG